AUGAAGUCAAGUCUCAAGAAGAAACAAAUAGUCUGGGCUAGAACAAAAGGACAUCCAUGGUGGCCUGGAAUUGUAAUAUUUAUUUAUCUUAUUAAGAUUACCCAAGUAUUCGAUGGAAAUUAGUAUGCCAUUAAUUUCAUUGGUGAUGAUUCACAGUAAGGCUCCAUAUUGAUGAGUGAUAAUCUGUAUGAUUUUUAAGAAAAAUUUGAAGAAUUCAAUGAAAAAGUGAAGAAGAAUAAAAAAUUGAAGGAAGCAAUUUAAACCGCUUAAAAACUCUAAAGUAUAGUUCUUUCAUCAUUAGAAAAAAAAAUAAAGCACGUUGAAUAAGAGGACAAAAAGAAAGGCACCAUGAAUAAACGAAAUUUGCGAAAAUAACCCAAAAAACCGGAGACUCCUAACAAAGAUAAUACCUAAAAAUCUCCAUUGUAAGAAACUCCUUAGAUGCAAUAGAAAAAACAAUAUCUAGACCGAGAAUUCUAAGAUUUAUUAUUACUAUUGAUAGCAGCUCAAUUGAAUUACGAUUAAAUCAAAUAGAAAUUGACACCAAUCCUCGAUACUAUCGAAGCACAAGUGACUCAAAAUAGUACUAUCACAGAAGUCUUAUCCGAAAGGAAAGGUUCCAUUCUUAAUGCUGUCUAUUUAAUAUUGAAACAUCAAAGCGAAUAAAAUCCCGAUCACUUUUUUUAAAGGGAUAUUCAUUAAUAAAUAACAAGAUUGCAUGAUUUAAUUAGCAAAUUAAAGAAUUCUCUAUUGAAUCAGUUUUUCAAUUCUGCAACUAUUAUUUAAAGCCUAUCAGAAGUUUGCACUAAUCAGAGUAGAGAAAAGAAAGCACCAGUUUAGUAAGCGCCACAAUAAAAAUCAUCCACUGAAUAAACCAAAAGGUAAAGAAAGAUUGAUAAAACUGAAUAAAAAGCAUAGACUGUUGAAUGCAACACUUAAAUUCCUGAAAAUGUCUCUGUGUAAAAUAGUAAUAACAAUAAUACUAUUAACAAUCCACCUAAUCAACAGAAAAAGGAAUAAGUCUCAAAUGAAGAGGCAAAAAUAGAGGAAAAGAAGAUUGUUAAUGAAUAACCUAAACUAGUUAAGUAGGAUGUAGUAAAUUAGAAAAAAACCUAAAAGAAAAAUGAAAUACCAGAUUAACCAUUAAGAAGAAAAAAUUAGUUUAAUUGUUAGGGAUAGGAAGAAGAAUAAGCAAAGAAAAUUACAAUCAAAAUUGAGAGUUUGGGGAGGGAAGCAGAUCCAUAGAUGAGAAAUAAGUAUGCUAAAUUGAUGUGGCAUUGCAUAGUUAAUUUAGAUUGUAAAUUAUUAAAAAGAGAAGAAUUGUUGACUUUGAUCGAUGAAAAUGCAGAUCAAAGUGAAGCUUGGUCUAAAUUAACAUUGUAACCAAUAGACAGGACUAGGAAAUUGAUUCAUAUAUGA